AUGAAUGGUGCAUUUAAGGUGGCAAUUUUAGUGGUCGGUUACGGAUAUUUUAUAGUUAUAGUGAAGAUGUGCCCUUUCUUUUGGGAAAAAUACCAACGUUCCAGAAGCGACGGAUUUCUUAAAAGAUUAUGAUAUCGAAGGAUCAGAAGUAUGUUUUCGUGUCAACUUGGCCCAAUGGCACUAUGCUACAAAUAUGACGGAUCUACAAAAAAGAAAAAUGAUUGAAGAACAAACGCUCAAAGCUAAAUUCGAUAAACUGGUAUGGAAAAGAGCAGCUGUUUUCGAUUGGACCCAUAUAAAUGAUCCCGAUAUCAGAAGACAAUUAAAGAUGUUAACUACAAAUACCAAGAGCAAGUUUACCCGAUGACAAAUAUAACGAGAUAUAUCAUCUAAUAUCUGAAAUGAAAGAUAUUUACGCUACAACAAGAAUAUGUCCCUACAGAGCAGAUUUUUUUGCCAACGAAAUAAGUUACUGUGAUUUGGAUCUUGACGACGUCCAUACAAUAAUGGCUAGAUCGAGAAAUCCCAUAGAGUUGGCACACAUAUGGAGAGAAGUACAUAACAAAAUGGGACCCCCUAUGAAAAAUAAGUUUAUGCGAUAUUUGGAAUUGGCAAACCAAGCUUCUAGAUUGAAUGGAUUUAGUGAUUACGGAGAGGAGAUGAGAUACAUGUAUGAAGAUAUAAACUUAGAAGAGGACUUAACAGAAUCCUUGCAUAAACUUCUACCAUUGUAUAAAGAACUGCUAACUUUUGUACGUAAACGACUUCUGCAAAGAUAUGGAGAUCAAAUAAUACGACCAGAUGGUCCCUUACCAGCUCAUAUCCUGGGAAAUCUAUGGGGUCAAGAUUGGACUAAUAUUGCUGACAUCGUUCUACCGUAUCGUGAUUAUUCUGAUUUGGAUGUUACCGAUGAAAUUUUAAGGCAAGGCUUUACACCGCUCAGAAUGUUCCAAAUGGCGGAAGAGUUCUUUACAUCCAUGGGAUUAAAGCCUAUGCCUCCUGAAUUUUGGAGAUAUUCUUUAAUUGAACGACCAAAUGGGCGAAAAGUUCAAUGUACAGCCAGCGCGUGGGAUUUUUGUAAUAACAUAGAUUAUAGGAUUAAACAGUGUACAGAAGUUGAUAUGAAAAAUUUAGUUACAAUUCAUCAUGAGAUGGCUCACGUAGAAUAUUAUCUAUACUAUGCUGACCAACCCUACUUAUACAGAGAAGGAGCCAAUCCAGGUUUUCACGAGGGCCUUGCCAAUGCUAUAGUUUUAUCAGUUUUUAAUCCAAAGCAUUUAUGGAGAGUCGGACUGUUUAAUAACAGCACCGACACUAUUGAAACAAACAUCAACUUCCUAAUGUUAAUGGCAUUGAAAAAAGUUGCGUAUGCUCCCUUUGCUUUCUUAAUAGAUCAGUGGCGCUACCAGAUUGCAGAACUCGGUGUAAAUCGAAUGAAUGCAGAUUGGUGGGAUCUGAGAUUAAGGUAUCAAGGAAUUAUACCCCCAGUACCAAGAUCGGAGGCCCAUUUCGACGCGGGAACCAAACGACACGUCCCAGCAGAUUUACCUUAUAUGAAAUAUUUCGUGGCUUUGUUAUUAGAAUUUCAAAUAUAUGAAGCUAUGUGCAGGGCGGGUAGGCAUGUAGGACCGUUACAUACAUGUGAUGUUUACAGAUCUAGAGAGGCUGGAAGGGUUUUAAUGGAAGUGAUGAGAGUUGGCAGAUCUAAACAUUGGAGAGAAGUCAUGAAAAUCCUGACACGAGGGGAAACGGACAAAAUAACUGCAGAUGCAAUGCUAAAUUAUUUCCAACCUCUUAUACUCUGGCUCAGGGAACAGAAUCGCGAUGAAAGAGUCGUUGGUUGGACGACAUACAAGGAAGACAAAGCUUUAUUCCAGCCGCUGGUUUUAUAUGGAACGUCAUCAGUCGUUCGAGGAAGAAUGUUUGUGUUAAUAACUGCAUUAAUAUUUACAAAAUUCAAUUUCGUACUAGCAUAA